AAGGGGAGCCUCUCUCCCCUGCCCCCAGGUUGGAAGGGCGUCUGUGCCCGUGGGAAAGUUCCCCAGACUGGCCAAGCUCUACGACGAAGCUAGGAGCCUGUCUCCAGGGUGGACCCUGGGGUUGCUCUUCCAGGCCGAGGCACUGCCCCAGGAGGAGGUGGAGGGGUCAGCGUCCGCGCCUGGCUGCGGAUUAGGACCCGUCCUAACAGACCUCGAAGACCGGGGGCGCUGCCCCCACACUCCAGCAGCAUGGAUGCCCCCCGAAGAGACAUGGAAUUGCUCAGCAACAGCUUGGCGGCCUACGCACACAUCCGUGCGAACCCCGAGAGUUUUGGCCUCUACUUCGUGCUGGGCGUCUGCUUUGGCCUGCUUCUAACCCUGUGCCUGCUGGUCAUCACCAUCUCCUGUGCGCCCCACCCGCGGCCCCGGGGGCCUGCCUCUCGCAGGGACCCCCGCAGCAGCACGCUGGAGCCUGAGGAGGAGGAGGAUGAUGACGAGGAGGAGGAGGACACAGUGACACGGCUGGGCCCCGAAGACAUGCUGCAGAGCCCAGAGCUGGCGUCGACGGAACCCGACGGUCCUUUGAGCGUCAACGUCUUCACUUCUGCGGAGGAGCUGGAGCGGGCACAGCGGCUGGAGGAGCGGGAACGGAUCCUGCGGGAGAUCUGGCGCACUGGGCAGCCUGAUCUGCUGGGCACAGGCACCCUUGGGCCCAGCCCUUCUGCCACAGGCACCCUGGGCCGCAUGCACUAUUACUGACUGGCACCCACGCCCACUGCCAUAUGCUCCGGGUACUGGACAUGCACUUGAGCUCAGAGCUGCCCGAGGACCUUUCUACUACCCCCUGGACGGUGCUAUCUAUGGAGGCCCCACUCCCAUGGCUCCCCCCAGUGCUGUUGGGCUUGGAUCUCCACCCCCUGGGAGGCACCCUUCCCCCAUUCCUGCCAGAAAGCCCUGGGGAGGGGGAGGGAAGAAGCAAGGGCCCAUCCUCUCUCCUGGGGAUGUUUAAGAGGUGAAGUGACCAAUGAAAGCUACAUUCACAGCGA